UUGGCCGUCGCUCCACGCCACCGCAGCAGCAGCCAUGGCGGCGGCGGCCACCUCCGCCCGCCUCCUCGCCGCGGCCGCCGUCGCGGCCGCGGGGCACCGGCGCGCCGCGCUCGGGCUCGGGCGCGUCCCGGUGGCCGCCUCCCUCUCGUUCCCCCGCGGCCACCCCCCGCCAUUCCGCGGCCGCGCCGGCCUCGCCUGCUCCGCCGCCUCGGCCUCGCUCUCCCUCCCCUCCUCCGGCGGAGGCGGGUUCUCGCCGCCGGGCUCCGUGCCCUUCAACCUCCUCCCGCCGGACUCCGAGCCCUUCAUCGAGUGGGACCCGCACCCGGCCGACUCCGCCGCCCCGCCGCUCGGCGGCGGCGGGGCCGGGGAGGGCGCCACGCUGGUCGUGCUCCUCGGGUGGCUCGGCUCGCGCCAGAAGCACCUGCGCCGCUACGCCGACCUCUACCGCGAGCGCGGGGUCGGCGCGGUGCGGUUCGUGGUGCCCGUGCGCGAGCUCAUCGGCCUCGACCUGGGCCGCCGCGUCGAGCGCAGGGUCGCCGACCUCUCCGCCGAGAUCGCCGCCUGGUGCGACGCCGACCGCCGCCGCACGCUCCUCUUCCACACCUUCAGCAACACUGGGUGGCUCGCAUAUGGCGCCGUACUGGAGAAUCUACAAUCCAGAGCUGACAUAUCUGAGAGAAUAAGAGGAUGUAUUAUAGACUCUGCACCAGUUCUGGAGAUAAGACCAGAUGUCUGGGCUGCUGGGUUCUCUGCUGCAAUGUUGAAGAAAAGUAGUUCCUUGACAGGACCGUCAACUGAAUUUCUUGAUGGGCCUAUUGUCAAUGGCACCUUGAGCAGAGCUAGCACUAAUGUGACGCGGCCAUCAUGGAGUGAAUGCUUUCUUCUAUCAACUCUGCAGAAAUUCUUUGAGAUUGUUCUUCAUGUGCCUGAUAUAAACACGCGAAUGCGCAAGGUUCUGUCAGUUCUUUCAGACAAGCAGCCUCCAUGCCCCCAGUUCUAUCUGUACAGCUCAGCCGACCGAGUCAUACCAGGUGAAUGUGUCGAGAGCUUCAUGGACUUGCAAAGAUCGCUAGGGCGGAGCGUAUACUCCCACAAUUUUGUGUCCUCACCCCAUGUGGACCACUACCGGAGCUUCCCCCACAUCUACAAUGCCAAGAUCGACGAGUUCCUGAAGAUCUGCUUCACGGUCAAAGUAUCAUGACCCCGCCUUCAACUAACAGGCCUGUCGAACGACCUCUUGAUUUUUGCUGUAUUCUUGAGCUGUAGCCUCUGUUAUAUCACCCUGAGAGGCACACAUAAUUCGCUGAAUAUCUUCGUCCAUCUUCUUGAAGCCCUGGAGGAUGCGCUCGUUGAAAGGAAUAGGUGCGAGUAAAGCUUUUUGGUGCUCCUUUUUUUUUGUAUCCUUGUCUUAAGAACAUGUAUCUGUUAUCCCUUCUGAUCGUAGGCUCCUGAAGAGGAAGUGUACUGUAUCAUUAUUUGUUGAACGCAAGCUGUACCCUAAUUCAAGUUACAUUGAAGUUUUAGUGCCUGAAUUAGGGGCAACA